CACGUAUAUCUGAAAAUAUAAAUUCCUCAAGGGGCAAAACUGGAACAUCAUUAACACAAGGCCUCGGCUGCUUCCUGCCUUCCUCCAGAAUCCUAUCUGCAAACUCGUUGAACCUUCAGCCCUCUUCGUCCAAACAACACACAUUCAAACUAACGAAGAACAAAGAUUCGCACCUUCAAAUUCACAUCUGUUUUCCAUGGGGAAAACCUAAUAAUCGUUACCAUAAUCAUCCAAUAAAUCAAUAAAUGGCGUCGAUAUCCACUUGCUUCACGAUAACACCUAAAUCCCACUCAAAACCCUCAUCAGUUUUUUCCCUUAGACCCUCCUGUCAAUUCCACUACUCCUUUAGGACACAUAAUGAUGUUUUUCAUAGGGAGUUAUUGAGAUUUGAGAGACAGCAGAGUAGUAAUAGGAGAAGUUUUGUGUCGGAAAUAAGGUCCAGUUUUAAUGUUCCUUCGGUGGAACCAACGGCGAGGAUUAGGCCUGGGAAGAUAAUUGAGAGCGAUAAGUUGCCGGCGGAUGUGAGGAAGCGGACGAUGGACGCUGUGGAUAAGUGUGGAAGAAGGGUGACAGUUGGUGAUGUGGCAAGUAAGGCUGGGAUUAAGUUGACUGAAGCUCAAAGGGCUUUACAAGCCCUAGCUGCUGAUACUAAUGGCUUCUUGGAGGUUUCAGACGAAGGUGAUGUUCUUUAUGUGUUUCCAAAAGAUUAUCGUUCAAACCUUGCAGCCAAGUCACUUCGAAUAAAAUUUGAACCUUUAAUUGAAAAGACAAAGUCUGGUGCUGAAUACUUGAUCAGGGUUACUUUUGGAACAGCUCUAAUUGCUUCCAUUGUUAUCGUUUAUACAACAAUCAUUGCUAUUCUAACAAGUAGUAGUGAAGAAGAUAAUCGAGGAGGAAGACGCAGAGGAAGAUCUUUUGAUUCAGGAUUCUCUUUCUAUCUUAAUCCAGCGGAUUUGUUUUGGUAUUGGGAUCCAUAUUACUAUAGGAGGCGAAGGGUACGAAAAGAAGAUAAUGGAAUGAAUUUCAUUGAAUCUGUGUUUUCAUUUGUGUUUGGUGAUGGUGAUCCAAAUGAAGGUAUUGAAGAAGAGAGGUGGAAGUUGAUUGGUCAGUACAUUGCAUCAAAUGGUGGUGUUGUUACAGCAGAGGAACUUGCUCCAUAUCUUGAUGUGGAAAAUGCAGAUAAAACUGAUGACGACUCAUACAUAUUACCUGUUCUUCUGCGUUUCGAUGGUCAACCAGAAGUCGAUGAACAGGGGAACAUCUUGUAUCGGUUUCCAUCGCUUCAAAGAACAGGUGGUAGGAAGGAAUACGUGGGGAGAAAAUGGAAUGAGUUUGUGGGAGGGGUUGAUAAGUACUUUAAGGAAAAGAAAUGGGAUUUCAGUAAAAUUAGCAAUGCAGAGAGGGCAAUGGUUGCUGGUUUGGGAGCGUUUAAUCUGUUUGGAGUCAUUGUACUUGGCACAAUGUUGAAGAAUAUGACGGUUACACCAAGCGGAUUCAUUUCAUUUGUCUCUGAAAUAUUUCCUCUUCUCCAGAUUUAUGCUGCCUCCUUUUUUGCUAUUCCUUUGGUACGAUGGUUUAUCACUCAAAAAACAAAUGCUGAAAUAGAGAAAAGAAACCGAGCCAGGGAGCUGCGUGCUCGAGCACUUGAAUUGCCAGAUGUCUCCCUCAGACGAAAGAUUCUGAGUGCUCGGGACAUGUCUGAGAGGAUGGUGAUCGGGAAGGAUCGGAUUGUGUACACGACAGAAAGAGACAUAUUUGAACAAGACUAUGACACUCAGGAAUGGGAUAGGAGAUUUAAAGAGAUUGACAACGACAGAAAGUCACGGGUUGACCACACUCCUGCUGUCUCCGGCGCUCACCAAAACCACCGAUCGACGUUUCUUCCGCUUCCACAUAAUACCUCCAAUCAUCUUCCGUCAACUCAAUCACCGUUUUUCCGGCAUUCGACUAUGAGUUUACUCGAAGAAGAAGGAUUACAACUUAGAGAAGUUCAAAGACUAGAAGGUCACACCGAUAGGGUAUGGGGUCUCGCUUGGAAUCCGGCCACUGGCACCGCCGCUGCCAUGCUCGCUUCAUGCGGCGGCGAUAAGACUGUUCGAAUCUGGCGACAACGAAGCCCAUCCUCCACGUCAUUGGAUUGCAAGGCAGUGUUAGAAGAGACUCACACUCGAACAGUUAGAUCAUGUGCCUGGUCACCAUCUGGUAAAAAGCUAGCAACUGCAAGUUUUGAUGCGACCACUGCUAUUCUGGAACAGAAUGGGGACGAUUUUGAUUGUGUAUCCACCUUAGAGGGUCAUGAAAAUGAAGUUAAAAGUGUUUCAUGGAAUGCAUCUGGUUCACUUCUUGCAACUUGUAGCAGAGAUAAAUGUGUUUGGAUAUGGGAAGUUUUACCAGGGGAUGAGUUUGAUUGUGUCUCUGUUCUUCAAGGUCAUACACAAGAUGUUAAAAUGGUCCAAUGGCAUCCAACUGUGGAUGUUUUAUUCUCAUGUAGCUAUGAUAACACCAUAAAGAUUUGGGCGGAGGAUGGUGAUAGUGAUGAUUGGCGAUGUGUUCAAACUUUAGGUGAAUCUAACAGUGGACACUCAUCUACAGUUUGGGCUUUAGCUUUUAACAACACUGGAGACAAAAUGGUUACAUGCAGUGAUGAUCUUACCAUUAAAGUAUGGGGUGUGGACAUUUCAAGAUUACAAUCGGGUGAUGACAAUGCAUCUUGGAGACAUCUUUGCACUUUAUCUGGUUAUCAUGAACGAACAAUAUUUUCAGUCCAUUGGUCAAGGGAAGGUAUAAUAGCAACUGGAGCAGCUGAUGAUGCUAUUUGUUUAUUUGUUGAGUCUGAAGAUCAUUCGGUUGAUGGACCUUUAUAUAAAUUGCUUUUCAAGAAAGAAAAGGCUCAUGACAUGGACAUAAAUUCGGUUAGAUGGAGCCCUGUGGAAAACAGGGUUCUUGCUUCUGCAAGUGAUGAUGGCACAAUCAAGAUAUGGAAGUUGGAUUCAAUACAUUAACUCUGUAAACCUAAUUUACAUCUGGGUUUAAAAAAAACAAUGGUGUGUUUUGUAAAAGCAAGUAAUGAGAUAUGGAUAAAUAAAUAUGUAAGUGCAAUUUUUGACAACUUAGAAGGAAUAAGGUCUAAAUAAAUAAUUCAAAUUUUAAGUUCAUUCUAAAUACUAGAAUUUCUUUU